AUGAUCCUGAGAAGAUUUUGUUUGUUGGCUCUUGCCUUGUGCUAUGCAAGUUCUGUGUCUUCGUUUGUCACGCCCUCCUCUAGUGCUAUUUUGAUCAACCGACCGAGACAGCUGCUUCAGGCAACUCCCACGGCCAACCAAGAUGAUGCAACCACAGCAACACCAUCUACCAGUACCGGCGAUUAUGCUCCUCGCACAGGCGUGGGUCAGGCUUUGUUGAAUUUUGCAUUGGCGACUCCCUUGUGGAAGUAUCUCUUGGUGCCACAAGCUCGGAAUACCAUGAUCAAGACGGCCCACGCCAAUGGCAUUGACUGGACCAGAGCCAAGGAAUGGAUUCAAAGUCAAAUUGAUAUUCAAGAAACACCACUACAUUAUGAUGCCACUACAGAACUAAAAAUCCCACGGUACUAUCGAGACGGUGUGUUUCAUGCGUACGACAAGGGCAAUCUGUGUUGGGAGGCUGCCAUGGAACAGGAAAUUGCCUCUGCCGCCGUGGGAGCACGCAACUUUCCUUCAGGUCGACAAGAUGGGGAAACUCUGUUUCGUCGAGGAUUCACCAAUGGCUUGAUUCAAGCCGGAGCCACAGUGCCGGCACGGGAAAACGUCGUGGCGGUAGAUAUGGGAUGUGGCACGGGAUUGAGCAGUCGACUCCUUGCCAUCACGCCAUUUCCCACUCAACAACAAACACAAACGCAACAACGACAAACUAUUGACAAGGUCAUUGGCAUCGAUUUGUCACCCUAUUACAUUUCCGUGGGCCAAACAUUGCUCGAUCUGGGACCCUUUCCCAAAAUGACAACCGACGAUACCACCACUACAACUACAACAAAACCAACUUGGGUCAAUCCCAUUGACAAUGACAUGAAACGCAAGGUGCAGUUGCAAGUGGCCGAUGCCGCCGACACGGGAAUUCCCUCGGAUUCGGUCGAUAUCGUGCAAAUCCUCUUUGUCUUGCACGAAUUGCCCCUGGAUGUAGCGGUCCAAAUGAUGACCGAAGCCCAUCGCAUUCUCAAACCCAAUGGAGGACAGCUCUGGAUGGGAGAAAUGGACUUUUCGGCGCCGGCAUAUGCCGCCCAACGCAACAAUCCACUCUUGUUUUCCCUGUUAAGGGCCACAGAGCCGCAUUUGGAUGAAUAUGCCGAUGGAUUUGCCACCACAAUUCAACCCGCCCUCCACGGGCUCUUUGACAAGGUGGUGUGGACGGCCGCCACGGGACGACACUAUACCGUGGUGGCUACCAAGAAUACCAAUAAUAACCAAAAGGCAGUGAUCGAAGAUUAUCGGUUCUUGCCCAAUGGGGACUAUGCGAUUGCCGAUACUCAUUUGCAAUUGUGGGAGAGCGAAACGACGACAGAAGAAUGA